AUGGCUAUCUCUUGGAAGUCCUUCGACUUCUUCGAAGUCAGCCAGGUCAGACUCGCCGAUGACGACACGCGCACCUUCUUCGAGGGCAACGACAUAUCGAGUGUCUGCUCCGGAUCCGAUAGCCUGUUUCUCGGGAGCUACGAUGGCUACGUACGAAUAAUCGGGCCCAGCUGGAAGAUCGUCCGAAGCUUCCAAGCGCAUGAUGCUGGCAGCAUUACACACAUGCGUCAAGUGGAAGGCACGAGCAUGCUAGUCACGAUCGCUGAAGAUCUUGGGAGCGAGCCCGUGCUCAAGGUAUGGGCACUCGACAAGCUUAGCAAGAAGACAGGCAUGCCAACGUGCCUGAGCACUUUAAGUGUCAACAACGGCAGGAAACAGUUUCCGAUAUCGGCCUUCACAGCAACAGAAGAUCUUUCCCAACUCGCCGUAGGAUUCGCGAAUGGAGCAGUCACAGUUAUACGAGGAGACCUCAUCCACGACCGAGGUGCGAAACAGAGGAUAGUCUACGAAUCUGAAGAGCCGAUUACAGGCGUCGAACUGCGGGUACAUGAAAGCUUGACGACUCUCUUUGUCUCGACCACAUCUCGAAUAUUGAAAUUGAUUGUCUUAGGAAGGGGUCAAGGCCAGCCACCGCGAACGGUCGAGGACCAAGGCUGUGCGGUAGGAUGCAUGACUGUGGACAAGAAGACAGGCGAUAUUGUCGUGGCGAGAGAAGACGCGAUAUAUUAUUACACUCUUGAGGGGAGAGGCCCGCCCCGCGCGUAUGAAGCACCAAAGAGCCUGAUAUCAGUAUAUGGUGACUACGUCGCUCUUGUAUCGCCUCCUGCUUCAUCGCCCGCAGGCGGAGAGCCGGACAACAUUCGCCGGCGUUUCGGUGCUGCGACGGCCGAUGUGAUUUUCAACGCCUCGACUUUUGCACUCCUAGAGACCGAUCUCAGAGUGAUUGCCCACACAGAGUCUCUGAUAUCGCAGGUCAGAGCUAUCGUUCAGAUUUGGGGAGACCUCUAUACACUUCUUCAGGAUGGCAAGGUUUACAAAUAUCACGAGAAGACACUUCAGCAGAGGCUUGAAAUGCUUUAUCAACGGAACCUCUACCAAUUUGCUAUUGCCCUAGCUCAAAAAGCCGGGAUGGAUGCCCAGCAACAGAACGUCAUUUUUCGAAAGUAUGGCGACCACUUAUAUCAGAAGGGAGAUUACGACCAAGCGAUGACACAGUAUAUCAAAGCAAUUGACAGCACGGAACCAUCGCAAGUCAUACGAAAGUUUCUUGAUACGCAAAGGAUACACAACCUUAUCGAGUAUCUGGAGGAGUUGCAUGAGCACCACCAGGCAACGGCUGAUCACACCACUCUACUCCUGAACUGCUACGCUAAACUAAAGGAUAUCGAUAAACUGGAAAAGUUCAUUAAGUCGCCUGGAGAUCUGAAGUUUGACCUUGACACGGCGAUCUCUAUGUGCCGUCAAGGUGGCUACUUCGAGCAGGCCGCUUACCUUGCGACAAAGCAUGGCGAGAAUGACCUCGUAGUAGACAUCCUGAUUGAGGACUCCAAGAAUUACGAUGAGGCCCUCAAUUUCAUCUGGCGUCUGGAUCCUGAAAUAGCCUACCCAUGUCUCAUGAAGUAUGCUCGAGUUCUCAUCGAGCAUUGUCCCAGAGACGCAACACAAGUGUUCAUCGACUAUUACACAGGCAAAUAUCGACCAAAGAUUCACCGUGCCGUUGUUAUUGAUGAAAUCGCAACCCCCUCUGGCGGCGGAUUCACAGCAGGCGCGGCGAGCGCUGUCCAGAAUCUUACCAAUCUGCUACCUUUACCAUAUAUGAAUACAUCUGCGGUCGCCUCACCGGGUACACAAGGCAACGUAAAGCCCACGAUAGGGGAAGCUGAUCUCGUUGUUGAUGCAGAGGAUGCCCCUGCUCCAAAGUACACACCUCCACCUCCACGGACAGCAUUCUCCUCUUUCAUUGACCAUCCCGACGAGUUUAUUAUAUUCUUGGAGGCGUGUCUGAAAGAGGAGGACUUGUCCGAUUCGGACAAGACGGACUUGUACACAACACUCUUCGAGAUGUACCUGCACAAAUCAACGGAGAAGAAGAAUGACCAACACCGAGAGGAUUGGGAGCAGAAGGCGAAGAAACUGAUCGAGGGCCGUAACAUUCCAAUCGAGAACUCCAAUGUUCUCCUACUCUCCCACCUGUCGGACUUUCGAGACGGAACGACACUGGUCAAGGAGCAAUCUGGGCUGCUUUUCGACAUCUUCCGCUCAUACACAUCUGCGAAAGACACUCGUGGUGCAAUCAAGGCCCUGCGCAAAUACGGCCCUGAAGAGCCACAAUUAUACCCAGCAGCUCUGGCAUAUCUUACAUCUGACCCCCAAGUGCUAGACGACGCCGGGCUCGAUGAGCUCGCCAAUGUGCUGGCCAGGAUAGACAAGGAUGGCCUGAUGGCGCCGUUGCAAGUCGUCCAGAUGCUUAGCAAGAACGCGGUAGCCACAAUGGGCAUGAUCAAGCCGUACCUCCACGAGACUAUUGAGCGCGAGAGACGAGACAUCGCGUCAAACAGGCGGCGAGUGACCGGGUUCCGCACCGAAACAGAACAGCGACGCGUCGAGAUUACGGACCUCGGAUCGAAGCCCGCUGUGUUCCAAGCCACAAGGUGUUCUGAUUGUGGCCAGACGUUGGACCUGCCAACCGUGCACUUCUUGUGCAAGCACAGUUUUCACCAACGAUGUCUGCGCGGCGGAAAUGGCGUGGAUGGCGAGUGCCCACAGUGUGCACAGGCUAAUGCUACCAUCAGGGCGAUCAAGCGAGCACAAGAAGAGAAUGCAGACCGUCACGAGUUAUUCAAGGAUGAGCUAGAGAGGAGUGAAGACAGGUUUGGCACCGUCGCUGACUGGUUUGGUAGAGGAGUCAUGGGAGUAACGAAUGUGGAAUGA